AUCAUUUCUGUGUUUGGAUGUUGCUGCACGUUUGCCCCGGGGCUGGGGGGCAAAAAUGUGUAAUAUAACGAGAAAAAACAUAAACUUUGAUCGUAAUGACUAAUAAUAACACAAAAACUUUGUUUUUAAACAUAUGUGUUUAAACCCCCACCCAAACUUCUUACAGAAUUUAAAUGAUCAAAACUGAGAGCCUUUGUUUUUUCAAUAUGUGGCCCUCAGUUGAAAAGGUUUAGACACUCACGCUCUAAAUCUCUAAACAAUCCAGGCCAGGCAAAAUAUGGGCCUAAGCAUACAUGGAAAAUAUGCUGUACUUGUAGACCGAGUAUUAAAAUAAAUAACAAAUAGUAAUUAUGGUGUUUUAUGGCAACUGAUUAGCAGUGUGUUACUUACAUCGGAAAUUGUAAGUUGCUUCGGCAAAAUGAUCGGUUUACAUGGUGUGAUAUCGUAAAUGCUGGGUAUCGACCUCCGCUUGCUGUCACGUUUCUACACAGGCCCCGCCCCUCAGCGAGCACAUGUGCCGUGUGCUGGGCGGGGUCGAGGAGAGAGACACAUGGCGGGCUCCGCCUCUCUCCUCCAGACAAGACGCCAGUGUGGAAGAAAGAGAAAGGAAAGAAAGACGGCACUAAAGCAUUAAUAUUUGGGAUUUUUGAAGCAGAAUCGGAAUAUGACCAUUGCCGGCUCUGUACGUGCGGACCCGGAUGUUGGCUUUGUGGACGUGAUGUGCUCCUGGAGACAGUAAAGCGCGUCAAGGCAGUAUUGUGUUUACAUUGGGAGCCACGUUUUGUGUAGCCCAGGACACACAACACAUGCAAGGGAAUCUAACCAUAAAACUUUUCUUUUAGCCGACUAUUGCAUGACACACAAAGGGCUGCAAACUAACCACAUUUGCGCCUAUCGGGGAGUGGCAGCAGCAUUCUUUUAACAAACUUUUUUUAAGCGCAGCCACAGCUGUCCAACAUGGAGCCCCCCCAGGGCGAGAAGGACAAGCGCUUCGCCCUUACCUACAUCGGCUGGUCGACCCUGGACCGCCGCACCACGUUGCCCAUGUUACCGUGGCUGGUGGCUGAGAUCCGGCGGAGAAGCGAGAGGGGCGACUGCGGCCCCGCCAUGCAGCCCCGUGAGGUGCAGCUGGUGCUGCACAGCCCCUUACUCCGCUGCGUGCCCAGCUCAUCCUCCUCCUCCUCUUCCAACAACUACUCGGUCUUCAUCUUCGAGCACAAGGCGCAGUACAUCUCCCGUUUCCUGCACAACAGCAAUGACCUCACCUACUUUGCCUACCUGCUGCGGGCCCACCCUGACAACCCGGAGGCCGAGAUGUCCUGUCACGUGUUCAAGGCCGGAGACCCCAACCAGGUGCCUGAGGUGAUCAGCAGCAUUCGCCAAGUGUCCAAAUCGGCCCUAAAGGAAGACACCAAACCAAAACAGGAAGCCGACGAGGCAUUCUACAACUCCCAGAAGUUUGAAGUUCUCUAUUGUGGCAAGGUGACGGUGGGACACAAAAAGGCUCCGUCCACCCUCAUUGAUGACUGCAUCGAUAAGUUUCACCAGCAUGAGGUGAAGCGUAAACGCCUUCUCAACGGCCAGAGAGGCUCCGUGGAAAAGGUUCCUGUGGAGUUCACUAUAGGCGGGGAAGGAGAUCCGCUCUCCUCGACCCUGAAUGAGAAGACUGAACAGCCAGAAGAUCUGAAAGGGGACGACUUCUCUGGCCUAUCCAGCAGCGCCAGUCAGAGCAGCCUGAGAGGAACGUUUCCUGAGUGCAUCCUGGAGGAUUCGGGCUUUCAGGAACCACAGGAGUUUCGCACGCGCUGCAGCAGCAUGGCAGGAAGUCUGCAUUGGAAGCCCAGCGAAGGUCCUGUCACGAUUGACACUGCACGCCGCAGACACGCUAGCGCUCCAAACCACGUUCAGCCGUCCGAUUCGGACAAAAACAGAACCAUGCUCUUCCAGGUCGGCCGUUUUGAAGUCAACCUCAUCAGUCCAGACAGCAAAACAGUGGUGCUGGAAAAGAACUUCAAAGAUAUUUCAUCCUGCUGUCAGGGUAUCAAGCAAACGGAUCAUUUUGGAUUCAUCUGUCGCGACCUGUCUGAACCUGGUCCCGGUCAGUAUGUGUGCUUCGUCUUCCAGUGCGCCAGCGAGUCCUUGGUGGACGAGGUGAUGCUAACCCUGAAGCAGGCCUUCAGCACAGCAGCUGCCUUGCAGAGCAACAAGACUCAGAUCCAGUUAUGCGAGGCCUGCCCCAUGCAUGACCUGCACAAGCUCUGCGAGCGUAUUGAAGGCCUCUACCCACCUCGGGCAAAGCUCGCCAUCCAGAAAUAUCUCUCUCAGCUGGCUGACAAUGAGCAAGUGGACAUAUUUGAACGAGUUCAGAGACUGAAGCCCAAUUCAGACCAAGAGGAGAAUGAGCUGGUCAUUCUGCAUCUUAGACAGCUUUGUGAAAGCAAGCAGAAAACACAUCUCCAUAUUGGAGAGACCCCCCAGAAUGUGGCAAACAACACGUCGGCGGGGGACGGCGCAUCCACGGGCAGCCGCUUCAAACUGGACAUCCUUAAAAAUAAAGCUCGCUCGUCCCUCACCAGCUCUCUGGAGAACAUCCUGGCUAGGGGGGCCAGCCGGAUGCGAGGCCGUUUGGGAAGCAUGGGAAGCAUGAGCAGCUUUGAAAGACAGGAUGAGGAAUCCACAGAUAUUUCUCCGCCGGUGUCCCCGCCUCCUUUCCCAGACGACGACCCGGAAGCCGGCCUGCAGUUCCGUCGGCGUGCUCACACCUUCAGCCAUCCGCCCGUGAAGAAGCGCAUCUCCUUCGAAGGCCCGUCCAGCGGCCAGGUGAAGCCGGCGCCUCUGCGGAGGCAGCAGUCGGCCACCCCGGAAGCGCUGCAAAGCAGUCCCGUGGCCGUGUCGAGAACGCGCAGUUUGUCGGAGAGCCAGUCCUUCAGCCUCCCCUCCUCCUUCUCCACUCCCACUUUCCUGAAAAGCUUUUACCAGGGCUCGCUGGGCUCCCUCAGCUCGCUGACAGACAGCGGGAGCCUCAAGAGCAUCAAUUGCGAAGGUCGGAAGAGGACGCUUUCAGGCUGCAGCAGUGACUCUGUGAGCGGAGCCCCGCCUCCGAGCCCUCGGAGGGUCUCCUGGAGGCAAAAGAUCUUCCUGAGGGUCGCCUCACCCAUAAACAAGCCCUCCAUGCAUGACUCAGACCAGUCGGAUGCCAGGGAGCUGUUGCCGCUCUCCCCUCGCGCCCCGGACUCACACGAGGACCCUCUGGGGCGUCGCCUGGCGGGGGAGCAUCCAAAGAGGACGGCGGCGGACUACAGGGUGUUGUGGAAAACCGCCAUCCGCCAGCAGAUUCUGCUGCUACGCAUGGAGAAGGAGAACCAGAGACUGGAGGCGAGCAGGGAUGAGCUGCACAUUCGCAAGAUGAAGCUGAGCUACCAGGAAGUGGGCCCCGACUCCAAAGAGGCGCAGGCGCUGUGGGAGAAAAAACUGACGGCACCGGGAAGAACCACGGUCCUGCAGGACAAGGACCAGCUGUACCGUUCACUCUGCCAAGGUGUUCCCAAAAGUCGUCGUGGGGAGGUGUGGCUGCUGCUCUGCCAUCAGCACCGGCUGUGUCACAGACUUCCUCAGCGCCAGCACGCCCCCGACAUCCCUUACAGGGACCUCCUGAAGCAGCUCACCGCCCAGCAGCACGCCAUUCUGGUGGAUUUAGGCCGGACCUUCCCCACCCAUGAGUACUUCUCAGCCCAGCUCGGUGCUGGACAGCUUUCCCUUUAUAACCUGCUUAAAGCCUACUCUCUGCUGGACACGGAGGUGGGCUACUGUCAGGGCGUCAGCUUCGUGGCGGGUGUGUUGCUGCUGCACAUGAGCGAGGAGCAAGCAUUCGACGUGCUCAAGUUCCUCAUGUACGACCUUGGCAUCAGACGCCAGUAUAAGCCUGACAUGGUCUCUCUGCAGAUCCAGAUGUACCAGCUCUCUAGACUGCUCCACGACUACCACCGUGACUUGUACAACCACCUGGAGGAGUACGAAAUCUGCCCCAGCCUGUACGCGGCGCCCUGGUUCCUCACGCUGUUCGCCUCUCAGUUCCCCCUUGGCUUUGUGUCUCGCAUCUUUGACUUUCUGUUCAUCCAGGGCUCGGAGGUGAUCUUCAAAGUGGCCCUCUGUCUCCUGAGAAGCCACCAAGGGGAGAUAGUGGAGUGCGACAGCUUCGAGAGCAUCGUGGACUACCUGAAGACGACGAUUCCCACACUCACGCACACUCAGAUGGAGCAGACCAUCGCCAAGGUGAUGGAGAUGGACAUCUCCAAGCAGCUCCACACGUACGAGGUGGAAUAUCACGUGCUGCAGGAUGAGAUGCUGGAAAGCGGAGCGCCGCUGCCUGACGACCUGGAACGCUUGGAGAAGCUGGAGAAAACAAACGUGCAGCUGAAGAAGCAGAACAUGGAGCUGCUGGAAAAACUUCAGGCGGCCCGGCAGAAGAUCCAAACCCUGGAGACCAACGUGGAGAACUUCCUGUCGCGUGAGAGCAAAAUGAAGCACGUGAUCCGCUCUCUGGAGCAGGAGAGAGCGUCCCACCAGAAGACCAUAGAACGCAUGCGCUCCUGCCUUCCCCCCGAUGCCCUGACAGAUGUGGAGAUGACCCACAUCAAAACGGGACCCAACGGGAAAGCCAAAGCUGGUGCCAAGAAAGGGGCUGGCGACUGAUGUGGGACAGUCUGGACCUGAGACAUGAAAUGUCAUCGUGUUUGGAGGUACAGUACCAGGGCGUACAGUCGCAGUCCGUUUUUGGUACUCGGUGCACUCAUACGACUAAAUAUUGGACUUAAAGGAAAACUGAUUGGAUUGUUGCCCAUCAUCCUCAAUCCUUAUGUGAGACAUGAACACAUACCUGUAUGUCUUUCUCUUUUUUGUGCUUUCUAAAGGUAUAAAAACAGCUAAAAAGACUUGGCUAAGAAUGCACAUAUGGGAAACACUUAGCUCGCAUAUAAAGCCUUCUGAAAAAACCUCCAAAAAGCGCCAACAAUGUUCCAUUUGCGUAUAAUGCGACAUUGUUAUUAUUAUUACAAACACUGUUACGCCGAUCGAACUACGUUACUGGCGCAUUGACACUUCACCACACCAUGCCGGCUAGCGACCUAGUGACCUAGCUUCAUCACACACUCGCCCGCAGCGCUAAUGCUUCAAAGUACCAAGAAACUGGUUAAUACUGAACAUGGUUACUGCAUGUACAGUAUAUAAAACCAGAAGACAUUUUUGUUGGUUUUUGGAGGUGUUUUAAUAGCGAUCCCAUUACAUGCAGUAAGGAACUGUCUAUUUGUAUCUGUUUUUAUAUCUUUACAACGCACGCAAAAGAGAAAGAAGUGUGUUCAUGUCUCACAUAAGGAUUGAGGAUGAUGGCAAAAUUCCAGAAAAAAGUGCAGUUUUCCUCUCAAGGUUCAGUGGAACCUUCAAGGUCAGUUCCAGGGGAGCAUUCCUCACAGGAAAUCAUGGAAAUAGAAAUAAUCCGCUCCAGUAUCAAACUGUGGCCACCGUUAAACCUUUAUGAACUAAAUUAGUGUAACAUUCUUACCUACUUUCUUCUAACCGUAGAACCGUAUUUAACUGCCUCGGCAAAGGCAAAGGCAGGAUAUUGCCUCAACUGUGUGCAACCCUGUCCCGUCAGGAUGAAAUAGCCUUUACACACAGGCAUUUUCCUGCCUCUGCCACAACUCUGAUGUUCCUUCCAAAUUGGAAAAUUCCUGUGCCGAUUUUGUACCAUUCAUGUGUCGUGUCGGUGCCUUUUACUCAAAACAGUCAAAAUCGGAAAAUUAAAAGGGGCCGAUUGUUGCUGAAGGUGCAAUGCAUCUUUUUUUUUUUUUUUUUUUUUAACAAUCUUCAGUGUCAUGCAAAUGUUUAAAAAAGUUAACUGUUGGAAUUGGAAUAAAUGGAGCAAAAAAAAAAAAAAAGUUAGGUUAAGUUGGAUGCUCGCUGAACUGAGGUCUGGCGGGAUUUAGUGAUGUUUUGCAUGAUGCCAUUCAUGUCCAGGGUCCUUCUUUUGGAACAAGUCUCACAAAAAGCCAAAGAAAAAGUUGAUCUUUUGUUGCUUGCUCAACAAGCAAAGAAACUUUCGCAGCAAUAAUUACUUUCAACGAAACGAGGCGUGAGACGUGAGUGUUGGGUGUUCAGUUCAAUUCCCCCCCCCCCCCGGCCGUGGUGGCACCCUGUUACCACUCUCAUACGACCUCCCAAGCUGGGAAAUUGGAGCGUCAACAAUCAAAUAUAGCAUUGAUGUUUUUUUCUUUUAUACGGAAUGCUGACGUGGGGAAAAGAAGAGUAAAAAUAGCGGAGAAGGAGCUAUUGUCAAUGAAGCUGUAAUGCAUGCAUGUCGUCCUGAUCUUACAAGUGUAAGAAGAAGUUAAGCACGAAACCUGGCAAAUGCGGGGAACAUGCCGCAAUCGUGUGUGCUUUUGCACAGCGACACACCGAGCCGCGCUCAGAUCAUUACAUGACGUCAGCGCCCACGACAAUUGCUUUCAACACAACAGGGUGGGUAAGCAUCGGGUGCUGAUCCUUUGAUGUUCACUGAACUGAGGUCCCUGUAUGUUUUUUUUUUUUUACAUUCGUAACCAUCAUCCAAGUUUAAAAAGAAGUUGGAAUUGGAAUCAACGAAGCAAAAAAAUGAGGUCUGGAAAGAUUUGGUGAUGGCAUCCAUGUCCGACCUCAGUGGCGUUCCACUGUAACCUUUCGUACCUGUUGCAGAGUGUUCCUCAGCUGCCGAGUGGCAGAACCUACCCCAGUGACAAGGCACUGUGCCCCCUGCUGGUACAACAAUGUACCACAAUAUGAACAUCAGCCGUUGGGCUCUUUCAGCUGUCAAAGGGGAUUUAUUUGAAGUAGCUUGUCAUAAAGUAUCUUUUUGUUGCUGUUGAAUGUCUCUGUCGUCCAAAGAGUGAUAACAUUCAACGUUAUCAGGCAGUCGGUGUGUCUCCUCUGGAGGAGGAAGUGUCUCUUUUGCAAAAACUCAGACAGGAUGUGAGGUCGUCUGCCUCGUAGGCUUCCUGUGUGACUGACCGCAGUGUCGCCUCCAGACAGACACCACCCCACCCGCACCCCCACGCUUAUGCUCGCAUUGAACUGUUUUGCUUUCGACAGGUUUGGGGGGGGGGGUUACACGUAUUAAAGCCACAUUGAAAAGAAAAAACUAAACGAACGAUGAGAAUAUUUCGUAAUAACAUGAGAGACAAAACUCUGAAUUUAAAUUAAAGAAAUAAAUUGCAACUCAAACAAAAAGAUGUCGAUACCAUGAGAGUUAUGUAAUAUUUUGAAAAGAAAGUUAUACUUUUAGGUUGGUGUGAGUAUUCUGACAAACAGUCCUUCGAGUUAUUCUGGUAACGUUACGACUUUCUCUUAAAAAAAAAACUAAAAACAUCGUAGACUUUUUGUUAAAUUGAUAAGUAGAUACUUGGCACUGACGUCGAAGAGAAAUUUGAAAGUUCCUUCUUUAUUCUUGUAAUAUAACGCAAAAGAAAAACAUUGUUACUAUGGGAAUAAUGUCGUGUGGGAAGUUUUUUUUUUCCCCCCAGAAUAUUAUCAUAUGUAUUUUAUUAGAAUUCUAUAUUAUGUUUGUCAUGACAUUGUGAUUUUUUUCAUUCAUUUUCUUCACUUCAUUUUUUAUGCUUUUUUGGGGGAUUAAAAAAUGACUUUUUCCGUGUACUAAUGAGACUAUUUUUGAUAAUAUUCUUGCAGAAUUACAUUUUUUUGCUUGAAAUUUUAAAAUGGUCUUUUUUUUUUUGUUUUUUGAAAAUACUUUUUUUCUGUCAGAAUUUUAAGUUUGGGAUUGCCUGCCUUGUACUUCUUACUUUGGACACUUGGUGGUGCUGUUUUGAAAAAAGCUCCAGCAAUGGUUGGAAGAAGAGUGGUGUUAUUGAUAGGGGAUGUGAUGGAUGGAGAAAGGUUGGGACACCGCUGGGCUACGUUUAAACUCAUUAUACACAAAAUACAUAUGGUGUGUAAACAGGAGUUCACAACAUUCAGCAAGGGAUUGAAGUUGGUCACAUGAUCAGUCUCAGACAUGAGACGUCGGAAGUGAGAACUUUCAGGUUUCUGUUUCACAGAAGGUGUUUUGCGUUUGAAAGUGCCAGUCGCCGUCUCCUCGCGCUCCGCUUUGGUUUCCACGUUUGACUCACCUUGUUGCGGUCCUGACUGACAGUCAAACACACUGAAGUCUGCUGGCCUUCCCGUCCUCGUCAGUCUUGGUCUUAUUCUCACUUUUCACGUCCAAGAGAACAUGUUGUUCUGCUAAGUGGUUUUUCUGCAUACAUUCAGCAGCACUUGCCUUAUUGAUCAUGAUCACUUUGGAUGAUCUACACUUUUUGUGCUGCACAGAAACUCAACCAAAGUGUUUGGAUCGUUUAAAAAAAAAAAAAAAUCAGCGAAUGAAUGAAUGGGAGAACGUGUUUUGUAUGUUCACUUUUGAUUAAAGCUUGAAAACCAAAUAUUGGAGUCUUUAUUGACCGUCAUUUUAUAUGAGGGUGACACUGAAAAAGAAAAUAAAUGACCUCGUUAAAAUUUUAUUUUAAGAUUUUUCUGGUAAUUUUUUUUUUUUUUUUUUCAUGGACAUUUUUUUUUCGUGGAAAAACGUUUUCCUUGCACUAUUACGACUUAUUAUUAUUUUGGUAACAUUGUGACUUUUUCCUCAAAGAAAUAUGGUUUCUCGUAAAAAUGUCAAAUGUAUUAUUUGUUUGUUGGAAAGUAUUGAUUCUUGUAACUUGUAACAUGCUUUUCUCCUAAUACAAUUACUUGACAUUGCAGUGUA